AUGCCGGCCGAGCUCCUUGCCGUUGUUGAAAAUGCGGCUGAACGAAACGCGCUGGACGUGGAGAAGAGCGCAAAGGAUAUGGAUGUGCCAGAGCAGCUAGAGUCCAUGCUCACCAUGCGCUUCCUGGGCCAGAGCCAGCUUGCGGAACCUGACGGCACCUGGAAGCGAGGCACCUGGCUGCUGGCCACGUCCACAGCGCAGCCUACCCUGCUGGGCCUGCCCUUUGCCAUGGCGGCCCUGGGCUGGGCUGGCGGCCUUGUGGUGCUGCUCGUGUCGGCAGUGGCCACCAUUUACUGCAACCUGCUGCUGGCGAAGCUGCACGAGCACGGCGGCAAGCGCAAUGGGCUGUACCGCACUCUGGCCAAGCAGAUCAUGGGCGACUGCCCCGUCGGCAACGCGCUGUGGACGGUGGUGGCGGGGGUGGCGCUCAUGGUGCUGACGCAGUGCCCCGACAUGGCGAGGGCAGAGGUGCUGACUGCGGUCACCACAGCCUUCAUGGUCACCUACUCGCUGGCGGCGGUCAUCCUGGCAGGGGUGCAGGGGGGCGGCGAGGGCGCCGACUAUUCCAUCCCCGGCAGCACCAUCAACCGUGUGAUGAACGGCUUCAACGCCAUCGGCAUCGCCGUCUUCGUUUAUGCCAAUAACAUAAUUCCAGAGAUUCAGGCGACCCUGAAGGCCGACCCCAAGACGGGCUCCGCCUACCCGCCCAUGCGGCGCAGCAUCCUGGCUGCCUACUCGCUCGUCACGCCCAUCUACCUGACGGUGGCUGUCGUGGGGUACUGGGCGUACGGCAAUGCCGUGUCGGGCUUCCUGCUCAGCAUGAACACCCACCCCAAGUGGUUGAUCACCAUCCUGAACCUGAUGUGCAUCUUCCAGCUGCUGGUGGGCGAGCAGGCAAGUUACGCCAGCGUGUUUGAGUUUGUGCUGUACGAUUCCUGGGAGCCCAAGCUGGUGCACCGCUACCCGGCCGCCACCUGGCUCCACACCGAGCACCGAAAUGCCGAGGGGCGGCGCCUGCUGGUGCCGUCCCGGCUGUGCAUGGUCCUGGUCAGGGUCCCUUACGUCAUCAUCAUCACGCUCAUCGCCGCCACCUUCCCUUUCUUCGCCCAGUUGAUGGGGCUAAUAGCCAUGGCAGCGCAUGCACCGGGUGGCAGCGCUGCCAUGCUGACCCGCGCCUACCUGGCCCACACCGAUCCCCCUGCCCCGUCUAUGCGAACGCAGGUGGGCCUGACCCCGCUGGUAUUCGUCGUCCCCCCCAUACUCUACCUGAUGGCGCGCGGCGGCGAGGUGUCGGCGGCAGCCUACUGGGCGCAUGUCGGCCUUGCGGUGCUGUUCGCGGCCGUGGGCCUGCUGGCAUCCAUCGGGGCGGUGAGGGGCAUCGUGCUGGCCAUCCAGCAGCACGACUUCUACUCCUGA